AUGAGACGGCGGGCAGACGACUGGGUGAAUGCAACACAUAUCCUCAAAGCUGCAGGCUUUGACAAGCCUGCGAGAACCCGUAUCCUCGAGCGAGAGGUCCAGAAGGGUGUGCACGAGAAAGUUCAAGGAGGCUAUGGCAAAUACCAGGGGACGUGGAUACCCCUCCCAGAAGGUCGACUGCUCGCCGAGCGCAACAAAGUCCUCGCCAAACUACUCCCAAUUUUUGAUUAUGUUGCUGGAGACCGCAGCCCACCCCCAGCGCCAAAGCACAGUUCAGCUGCGUCCAAACCCAGAGCGCCACGGAAAUCGGCCGCCGCCAACCGUGCGGCCGCAAACGCGGCAGCGGCCGCAGCAACAGCAGCAGAGAGCCUACAGGUUGUUCAACCCCCACGCAGUAUGGGGCCCCCGAUCAUCCCCCAAGACCAAUAUGAAAUGAACGCAGGGUUUGAUGACAAUGAGUCCAUUGGGCACAAUACAAUCGAGUCGUCGUCGAUGAUUGCCGACGAAGACAUGCUUCAAAUGUCGCAGGGUGGUCGGAAACGAAAGCGUGGGGUUGAUGAGGCAACUGCUAUGUCAAUCGCCGAACAAGAACAUAUCAUCUAUGGUGAUCAGCUUCUUGACUACUUCAUGACGGUGGGUGAUGCUCCAGAAGCAACCCGGAUUUCUCCUCCGGUGCCUCCCAGCCAGUUUCAAGUCGAUCGAGCAAUCGAUGAUUCUGGAAACACUGCUCUUCACUGGGCGUGUGCAAUGGGUGAUCUGGGUAUUGUGCACAGCCUCAUCAGCAAAGGGGCAAAUGUCAAAGCUCUUUCGGAGCACGAAGAGACCCCACUUGUUCGAGCCGUUCUCUUUACCAAUAACUAUGAGAAGAGAACGUUUCCGACACUGUUGGAUAUGCUUUUCGACACUGUCUCUUUCCGGGAUUGGUUCGGGGCCACUAUCUUCCAUCAUAUCGCAGAGAAUACUCGAAGCAAAGGAAAGUGGAAGAGCUCACGGUACUACUGUGAAAUCCUCCUUGAUAAAUUAUGCAAUACUUGCUCGCAGGACGAGGUAGCCAUCUUGCUGUCAUGUCAAGAUCAAAACGGAGAUACCGCUGCCCUCGUUGCGGCUCGGAAUGGCGCAUUCCGUUUGGUGAAUAUUCUCCUCCUCCACUGCCAUCGCGCGGGAGAUCUCAUGAACAACAAGGGCGAGACCGCGGCUAGUAUAGUACAGCGUGCCAACCACCCUGAUCAUGACAUCCCACCGGCCCCAUCUUCAGUCACCAUGGCCAAUGAACAUGGUGAUGGUGAUGUGGGCGGUCUUGCGACUGCUGGCCACCACUCUUUCCCCUCGAUUCCCGAGGCCCCGGCCACCACCGAGCUUCUGUCUAAGAUUGGCACGAUCAUGGCCGAUGCAAAUAAAAAGCUUGCCGUGACUUACGGUAACUCGAAAGAUAAUCAACAAGACUACAACGACAUCGCCAAUCCAGAGGCCUUGCAUGAGCAACUCGAGUCUGAUCGUCAAAAGAUACAGGCACAGCUUGCCAAGCUAAAUGCCAAAGAAGCCGAGUAUGAGCGUACUGGUGACCAAGUUGGUCGGUAUGAAAAGCUGAGAGUCAAUUGCGAGUCACUCCUUGAGCAAUUGCAAUACAGCCGCUUAGCCCAGCAGCUUGCAACAACGGAGGUUCCCAAGCCAACUCCAGCGUCCCUCGAACAAGACCAGUUAAUUGCACGCUAUCAACUUGCCCAUGAGCUCAGUUGUGCACAGAAAACACGGCGCAACGGCGUCAAAGAUCUGGCCCAACAAACCGCAGACGCGGGUGUCAGCACCAAGUUUGAUGUGCAUCGUAAGCUGGUGGCGAUAGCGACCGGACUCAAGGAAGAGGACUUGGACCCGUUGGCCGCUGAGCUGGCCGAAACCCUCGAAUUUGACCGGAUGAAUGGCAAGGGUGGCUCUCCUGAGCUCGGCCAUCGCCGUCUACCAUCUCAAAAUGACACGGAUACCCUCCCUGGACCUGGGGUUCCCGUGGAUACAUAA